AUGAAGUUCUUGACGUUGCUAAGUGUGUGGUCUGCUGCUGCUGCUGUUGCUGUUGCUGCUGCUGCUGUGUCUGUGACAACGACAGCGCCUAAGCCUGGAGUCCAUGAAUCGCAGGUUAAAGGUAAUGACAAUUUGAGUUCAUUAAAUAGGAGAAAGGAGGUGGGCAUAAAGACCCGUGCCACUACAUUGAAGUCAGCUGCGAGAAGCUUGCCUAUAACUGACAAUGAAGGUACGACAACUGACAGUGAUAUAGAGGAAGAGUAUGUCGUGGGGCCCGUAGAGUCGAAAAUCGCGAGGUUCUUCGGGUUCGAUCUUGAAGCGGAUGACCAGGCAGGCGAGCGGGCCGUGCAGCAACUUGCAUCCAGUCCCACCACAUGUGCCUCCUACAAGAAGUGUACUAAGUGCGUGGACGUGGAUGUAUGCAACUGGUGUGAUGCUACGAGCACGUGCCAUGCGAACAGUGAUCCUGAUCCGAAGUGUCUGACCAAGAAACAAUGGAUAAGUAGCAAGUGGAAGUGCCCUGGACAUCUCAGGUGGUGGGGUGUGCUCCUGAUUUGUCUCGCAUGCGUUUGUUGUUGCCCCCUGAUUUCAGCACUGUGCUUCUUCUUUGUCAUCAAGAAGUUCUGCUGCGGUGAUUAG